AUGCUCUCCACAUUCGCCAUCCUGGCGGGGUGUUUCUGCCUCGCGCAUCCAGCGCAAACCUAUGCGUCUGGAAUCACCACCGACCCCGCUGCGGCAAGCGGGAAAACGUUCGACUACAUCGUCGUGGGCGGUGGCACGGCAGGGACGGCCGUCGCUGCUCGCCUCGCGGAGAACCCCCACCUGACAAUCUUAACGAUCGAGGUGGGCGGCGACAACAGGACGAAUCCUGAAGUGUUCAACGUCCUUGACUUUCCUAACCUGCUGGGUGGUCCGCUUGACUGGGCGUGGCCGGCGGAUCAGGGAAAGGUGAUCCACGGGGGCAAGACUCUCGGAGGCAGCAGCUCUAUCAACGGCGCCGACUGGACCCGGGGGUUGGCCGCGCAGUACGAUGCGUUCACGGAUCUGCUUGAACCAGAGGAGGCAAGCGUUGGCUGGAACUGGGACAACCUGUUCUCGUACAUGCAGAAGGCCGAGGGCUUUUCUGCGCCCAACGCCCAGCAGCGUGCGAAAGGCGCGGAUUCAAUCGCGUCGUACCACGGCACUCGUGGCCCGGUCCAAGCUACAUUUCCGAGCGCCAUGCUGGCAGGCCCGGAGCAGGGGGCGUUCGUGGGCACCAUGGUUAAUCUUACUGGAAUUGCGCAUUCUAAGGACCUAAACGGCGGCAAUCCAAAUUGCGUAGCCUUCGUACCUUUGAGUAUUAAUUGGCAUGCGGAUGAUCACCGCUCUUCGUCUAUCGAGGCGUACUACACCCCUGUAGAGAACCGUCGGAAGGGCUGGACGCUGCUAAUCCAUCAUCUCGUCACGAAGAUUGUCUUCAGUGGAACUAGUGCGCCUUACACGGCAACCGGCGUCGAGUUCGCCGCGUCGGAUGGCAGUGGAAUCCGGUACAAGGCGUUUGCUCGCCGAGAGGUCAUUGUCUCUGCGGGCGCCAUCCAGACGCCUACUGUGUUGCAACACUCGGGUAUCGGAGACUCGGAAGUGCUCGGUCCUCUCGGCAUAGACACGCUCAUCGACCUUAAGGGCGUGGGCAGGAAUUUACAGGAGCAGACGUUGGACGUAUUAGAGACGCAAGGAAAUGGUUUCAGCCUCGGUGGUGAUGGCCCCACAGACGUGAUUGCCUUCCCGAACAUCUACGAGCUCUUCGGAGACAAGGCUCCAGCGGCAGUGCAGACGAUACGAUCCUCACUCUCAUCCUGGGCAGCGUCGCAAGCUGAAUCGGGGACCCCGGUUGAGGCGCUGAAGACGAUCUUUCAGAUUCAAGCAGACCUCAUUGUGAAGCACAACGCCCCCGUAGCAGAAUUCUUCUUCGAGGUCGGUGCUCCUGACGAUCUCGCUAUCGUCAUAUGGCAGCUUCUACCUUUUAGCAGGGGAAAUGUCUCCAUCAAGUCUAGCGACCCAUUCGUGCUCCCUGCAGUCACGGUGAACUACUUCAGCGUCGACUUUGACCUUUCUGUCCAGAUCGCCGGCGCGCGACUGGCACGCAGGGUCCUCAGCAGCCCUCCUCUUGGCAAUCUGUCAAUCAGCGAGAUCGCUCCAGGUCUGGAUGUCGUCCCGGACAACGGGGACGGUGGCUCCGACGCGGACUGGAAGAAAUGGAUCGUGCAGCCCGGCACGGCGGGUUUCGCCUCCGUUGCACAUCCCAUCGGGACCUCCGCCAUGAUGCGGCGUAGCCUUGGUGGUGUGGUCGAUGCGCACCUGAAAGUGUACGACACGACGAACCUGCGCGUGGUCGACGCGUCGAUUAUCCCCAUUCAGAUCAGUGCGCACCCGACCAGCUCGCUGUAUGGUAUCGCGGAGAAGGCGGCGGACAUCAUCAAAGCCGCGCAGUGA